AAGGUUCACAUAGAUGCCAGUUUCACACAGUACAGACUCGAUGUGAACGUAUAACACAAACUAAAGGGUUCGUGUCUUUGGCGUCUUUUGGAUCCAUCAUCUAACAAGGAGAAAUGGAUUUAAGGCACAAAAGUUUUGCUCUCUUUUUUGGUCUCCUGGUUCUUUUAACCCUUAGCAAAUUCAGUGAAGGUCAAAGUCUUUGCUCUGUAAAUGACCAGUUCAUACUUUUCAAGGAAAACAACACUCUUAAUGCUGUAGUCACUACACUGACAACAGAGGCGGAUGUAUCAGUCAGCAUCACCAACGAGAAACCACCAGGUCUCUUUGAGCUUAAUGGUCUCGAUCUCAUCGCCAUUACUGUACUCGACUAUGAGACAUUUAACACACCCUAUGAAGUAGACAUUGAAUGUACAAAAGAUGGUUCUUCCCCUGCCAAACUGAAUCUGAGGAUAAUACUGGAAAACAUAAACGAUAACCCACCAGUAUUUGAUGAAAGCGAAUACGCAAUAAAUGUGGCUGAGCUAUUAAAAGUGGAUACGAGCGUCGCACGAAUCACAGCGACAGAUGCAGAUGAAGGCGAUCAGCUUUAUUAUCGCCUGGAUGCUCCUGAGGGAGAAUUUGACCUGGAAGCUUCUUUCAAUCCUAACAUUUUGGUGAAGAAACGUUUGGAUUAUGAGAAAGUUAAACAAAUCACAAUGACACUUUUUGUGCAGGACACACCGAUUUCCUCGACAGAAACCGUUUCCCAUACUUCCUCCACCACUAUAAAAGUCAAUAUUGUAGACGUGGAUAAUCGGCCACCAUGGUUCCAACCUUGUACGACCAUUGAGAACGACAACAGCAUAAUGUGCAUAAACACUGGCUACACAGGGACGGUCAACUCAACCGGACUAGCGACUGGUCCUUUGCCCUUGGAGCCAGGUCCAAUCUUAGCCAUUGAUGGUGACGCGGGAAUAAAUGAGGCUAUUGGUUACAAAUUUCUUGCAGAUAAUCCAACAUUUGAAAUAAACUCUGACACCGGGAGCAUCACAAUGGUGAAGCCAGUAAACCAAGAAGGUCCGAUCGUUCUUUCAGUAAUGGCAUAUCAAAAGCAGAACACCGAUCAAUACGCCACCAACACGGUCACCUUCACGGUGAGGAUGACCACUAAUCACCCUCCAAAAUUUGUGAAGCCCAGUUAUGAAGGCGUCAUCUCAGAGGACGCAGGUCUGGACAGUCUGGUGAUGGAGAGCAAAACGUCCAACAAACCCCUAAGAGUUCAAGCUAUAGAUGAUGACUUUGUUAAUGGAGUGAAUCCUAACAUCGCAUUCGAGGUUAUUGAUGGGUCUGAUUUCUACAUUACUCUUGAAGGUUUCAUCCUCUUGGCAAAGGAGAUUCCUUUUGGAACUUUAAAUCUACAAAUGAGGGUGGUCGACAAAACCAAUGGCGAAUCGGACACCGCUUCUCUUACGAUUGAAGUCACUCCAGGGAUACCAACUACCACUGCUGUCACAACUAUCACGACCACAGAUCAAACCACAAUCACAGAUCAAACCACAGUUAAAAUCACAGAUCAAACCACAGUUAAAACCACAGAUCAGAUCACAGACAGCACUACCACUUCUGAUCCAGAUGCCCAUACAUCUCCGAUCACAGGGGAUCAGCAGUUGCGAUUUGGUGGGUACAAAGCGGAAGAUAUGGCUGCUUUAGGGGGAAGUUUGGCUGUGGUGAUCAUCCUCUGCCUGGUUGGCAUCGGACUGCUGGCUUACCGUGUCAAGAGCCAUAAUUCAAACUGGAAAAAGAUUUCUGAAGUCAGCGUCUUCCGAAGCAACUUGGGUGGAGGUUCAGGAGGCCCAAAAGAAGGUGUGCAGUACGUCAACGAGAGCUUCCGGCACGAUGAUGAUACUGAAAGUGUGAAGUCUGGACUUGCUGCUGACCUGGAGAAGAAACUGGAGUCUGGUGUGAGGUCAGCCGAGGAGCAGAAGAUCAGCACCGCCUCCGUUCCCCAGAAGACCUCCAACAUCAGGGCCGCAUCCGAAUCCAGCAGUCUGGCCAGUGCCGACAUUGAGAAGGAGGUGAAACCCAUCCUGACCAAAGAGAGACGUGCAGAGGACGGCUACAAAGCCGUCUGGUUCAAACAGGACAUCGAUCCCAACACCAAAGAGGAUGUGGUUAUUAUUCCUGACACCGGUGAACCAGUAGACCAUGAUGAUGAUGAUGAUGAUGAUGAGGAUGAUGAGGGCAACCUAAAAACAGACAAGGAGCAUGCGAGGAGAUACUCUAAAGAUUCAGACUCAGAGAAUGAGGAAAGACUGACGUCAGAUUUGUAGACCUCUGAUUGGAUGGAAGUCUUGUUGGGCCUUGUAUCGCGUGCCCGACUUGAGAUGUUUGCCGCUGUAAUAAAAUGAAAAUAUGACUAAACAAGGUUAAUUUUAGUGCAGCAAAUAAAUGUUUCCUUACCGUAUAUGCCAAUUAUAGUUAAUAAUUAACAGUUAUAGUAAAUAUGCUAGAGAAUUUUUCAUGUUCAAAGUCAGCAUGAAAUAAAAUAUGUGUAUUUAAUCUUAUUAUAAACAUUUAUUGUACUUUAGAAGCAUGUUAUUCUUUUUAUUCUUCAAGAUAACAACUUCCCAAACAUCACCAACCUAUCUUACUUCAUAACCACAGUACUAAUUUACCGAAACCUUUAACCUUUCAACGUCGGUCGAAUAUGUACUUGAGGGUUGCCUGUGUGACUAGAUAACAACCAUAGCAUGGCAACACAGAGACACUUUCUGUUUAUUUGUGAUGUUGCAGUGAACUUUUCUAAUCACAUAGACAAUCAUCAUAAACUCUUUAAUGAUCUUUAUUCAUUAACCUGAAAACGGUCAUCUAUUGUGACUUACCUUACCUAACCUUCAAACUUAACAUGCUGUUAUAUAACAAAUACCACAAACAGAGACUGAGAUAGAGUGUAAAUAUAUUUAUGUUUUGUUUGAAAUGUGCUUGCUGUUUAAGUUAUGUAAUGCAAUGGCAAUAAUGCAUUUUAAAUGUGUUUUGGAUGCGAAUCUGACAUUUUACAGUAUUCUUGUAGUGGGUUUGAUCUCAGGAAACACAGAUACUGAAAAAUGUAUAAUUUAAUUGUAAUGCACUAUAAGUAACUUUGGAUUAAAUGCAUAGAUGAACUUUUUAAACAUUAAAAUGAUAAGAAGCCGACUGCGUCUAAUUGACUGAUUAUUUAAAAAUCCCGUUUUAAUGUACCUGCAUUCAGCAAGCACUUCUUUUAUCCUAUAAACUUCAUGUUUAUUAAUGAGCUUUGUCAGUAGAUUUUGAAGAGCCCUUUCUAAAGAUGAUGAGAACUAAAGGAUUGUUUCUAUGGUAACAAGUCUGUCCGUAUUUUGUGAACUGAUCUGAAUGCGUAUUAAAAUGAAGCUGAUAGUGUACCCAAAAAUAACAAUUCUGUCAUUUACUCAC